AUGUCUAAAGCCUUCGAUCGAGUCGAUCAUGCCAUACUGCUACAGCGUGUGAUCGAUAUCCAGGCCACUCCACGCAUGGUGUCUUGGAUCCACAGCUACCUCAGCUGUCGGCGUCAGAGGGUAGUAGUCAAUGGCGUGGCCAGUACCUGGAAGGAGCCGACGUCUGGUGUCCCACAAGGUGGUGUACUGUCCCCGUACCUUUUCCUACUCCUUAUGAGCUCAAGGACAACAGUACAUCCUGACACUAUGAAUGUGGGCUAUGCGGACGAUGUCGGAAUGUCCAGAACUCUAUCAGUACCUCAAGCCAUCGAAGACAAAUCACUUGAGGAAGAGACAUCUCAUCUCGACUCGUGGGCUGACACCAACAACAUGUUGCUAAACGGGAAGAAGAGCCAACUGCUACAAAUCUGUGUCUGCAGAUCCGUUCCCAGCCCACCAAGGUUAACCCUCGGGUGUGUGUGCGUUCCGUGGGUCGCCUCCGCAAAAGGUCUGGGCUUCAUCUUGGACAAAAAUCUCACCCUGCAAGAACAAGUAACCUCAAUGGUUACUAAAGCCUCCCGUAGACUGCACUUCUUGAGACUACUUGCAAAGCAAGGGACCAGUGUCGCCGACCUAGUGACUAUCUACGUGUCCCUCGUGCGCCCAGUCCUCGAGUACGGUAAUGUCCUCCUUGUAGGCUGUAGCAAGGAACAGGAACGCGCAAUGCAGAGAGUCCAACAGCGGGCUCUACGGAUCAUCAGCCGAGCGGGCAGGCGCGAUGUGCCCGACCUACCCACCCUCCAGUCGCGACGCGAGGAUGCAGCUGCAAGACUGGAGGCGAACCCCAAGUUCCGAGAGUCUCACACCCUGCGGAAGACAGGGAGCACCUUCAGCUACAGAGCUACACCGAAGUCACACGACCAGGAUUGGACCCAGCAUUCUCACAACAGAAUACAGCCAGCACUACGAAAUGACGAAAGUGAGGAAGAAGGUAGUAGUGCGCAUGAGGGUGGUAGUGCGGGCGAAGAUAGUUGUGAUAACGAAAAUAGUAUUAGUAGGGUGAACUACGGAGGAUUAAAAUAG